GAGAAUGACCGAAUAUAAGUUGGUUGUUGUUGGUGCUGGGGGCGUGGGUAAAUCUGCGCUAACUAUUCAGCUCAUUCAAAACCAUUUUGUCGACGAAUAUGAUCCAACUAUAGAGGAUAGUUAUAGGAAGCAGGUUGUGAUAGACGGAGAAACAUGUCUAUUAGACAUCCUUGAUACGGCCGGACAGGAGGAGUAUAGUGCAAUGAGAGAUCAAUACAUGAGGACAGGAGAGGGUUUCCUCAUAGUAUUCGCAGUCAACAACGCCAAAUCAUUUGAGGAUAUAACAGCGUACCGGGAGCAGAUAAAGCGUGUAAAGGAUGCUGAGGAGGUUCCGAUGGUGAUGGUUGGAAACAAGUGUGAUCUUCCAACACGUAGUAUUGAUAUGCAGCAAGCUAGGAGUGCCGCAACUAAUUAUGGAAUUCCAUUUGUCGAGACCUCUGCCAAAACUAGAAUGGGUGUCGACGACGCUUUUUACACACUAGUGCGUGAGAUAAAGAAGGACAAAGAGAGAAAAAAGAAGGAGAGAGAACCCCGGGGCCCGGGAUGCUUCAGCUCAUGCAUAUUGUUAUAAUCCAUAUGUUUAUCAGCUUGCGAUUUCGGACUCUAGGAUAUUUACCUAAUAUGUGUUUUCUAACGAUUUUUCGAUCGGCGCCGCGUCGUUUGUUUUUUAGCAACGUUAAAUUAAUUUUACGGACUAAACAUUUGAACCCUUCUCAAUUGUCAAGAAGGGGUUUUAACAAAGAAUAAGCUCAAACGUUACAACAGAAACUUUUCUUUAAUUUAAUGCAUGACUCAAUUUUACCUUUGUUGACUUCAAGAUUGUUUCUGAAACAUCUUGAAAAAUUAUUUACCUUGAUGAAUAAAGAUAGUAUUUAAUUAAAAAUUGGAUGGGAUAAUUUAGAAAAUUUAUCCUACAUCUUGCCAGCUUUAAUUGUUUAAUUUUAUUAUUAGUAGAUACCAAAUAUUAUUUACCAGAAGUUUGUUUAAAUUGUAGA